GUUUUUAAACUUCAUCGAGCCACCCGUAUCUUGACCACCGACGUUGAACACUGUUUCGUUAGACUUUACUAGUUACUUUACUACCCUGUGCAACUUUCAUUUAAACCAAAUAAAUUAAUUUAACAACCCUUGAAAAUGCAUGAAAUGCUUUUAUAACUCUCUAAAAGUAGGUAAGUAUGCUUUUUGUAACACUAGCAUCUUAGUAACGAUCUUCCACUAAUGUCACUCAUAUUCACUAAAUCUCUAAUAUCACAAUUAAAAAAAUGUUGAUGACAGUUGUAUCUACUAUUAGAUUAAUUUAUAUAAUAUUCAAUAAAUCAAAACGUUUACACACCAUAAAGAUAUUUGGUAAGGGGAAACAAAAUUAGCUAUUUAAAUAUGCCUGAAAAGCAAAAUUUUACAAAGAAAAGUAUUUUAGUCACACCUAGCAGAGUUGUGAAUAACCCAGAUGAGAUUGAAGGUGGAGAAGAAACUGAGAUUGCUGCACAAAUAUCGGUUCCUCAAGAUGGAGGCUGGGGAUGGGUGGUCGUUAUUGGAGCUUUUUUCAGCAUUCUAAUAAUGGAUGGAGUAGUAUUUACAUUUGGAAGCUUAUUAAACGACAUGGCGAACGAUUUGAAAUUGCAGGAAUCCUUAGUGAAUCUAAUAAAUUCAAUCGCCGUAGCGUUAUAUUUUGUAAUGGGUCCAUUGGCUUCAGCAUUGAUCAAUCGAUUCGGUUUCCGGGCGUGUAUGAUGACUGGGUCUGUGAUCUGUACGUUUUGUCUUUUUUGUUCAUAUUUUAUUACGAGUUAUUUAGGAAUGUGUAUAUUUUAUGGUGCAAUGACUGGUUUUGGGUGUUGCUUAAUUAAUAUGUCUUCAAGUUUGGUGGUUGGUUUUUAUUUUGAGAAACUUCGAUCAAUUGCUUUGUCAGUGACUACAACAGGAUCAAGCAUUGGAAUAAUGAUCAUGUUUCCAAUAAACUCCUAUUUAGUCAAGUUAGGAGGAUGGAGAUUACCUACCCUAAUACACUCCGGUUUAUUCGGCUUAAUAUUUUACUUCGGUAUGACAUUUAGACCAUUACUAUCGCUGACUGUUGUUAAUACGUCUGAUGACCCCACCAGAACGGUGACUUAUUUACCUAGCAUAUCAACGGCUUCUGUCCGACGUUCGCCAUCAAGAAUUUCUAAAGUUGAAGUUCUUACACCGACUGCUACGGAACGAUUGUUUGGAGCUGUUUCUAAUGCGAAUUUUCCCACUGCUGCAGCUGUAGUUGAAGAUAAUACAGUACUACCAACUUCACAAGCAGGUCCAUCUACGCUUGCUGUGUCUAAAAUUACACUCAAAGCAAAUAGCCCGCAAGGUGGUAUAAGUCGCCGACAGCUACAGCGAGUAAGGUCUGCGAUAUCAAGUAGUGUGCUAGAUAAAACCAAAAGAAAUAUUGAAUUAACUGUUCAUGAAGACAAAUCUGUACAUAAAGGUUGUUGCGGGCGAUUGUUUCACUGGGAAAGUCAUGACCCACAAUUAAGACCAUUAUAUCGAGAUGAUGCUUUUUACGAUGGCAAAUUAAAAAAUCUUCCAGUGUAUCAAAAAAGUAUGCUAAAUACUACUGAAGAAACAAAAACUGGUCUCGAGUACCAGUUAGCCGUAUCACGUGCUGUUACUACAGCAGAUUUGCAAGAAAAUAAGGGAUUAUUUACAACUGCCGCAAGAAGAAUACUUGCAACAAUGAUGGACCCUAAGUUGUUGAAACGAUGUUCUUUUUUACUUUUAUGUACAAGUGGUAUGCUAACGUAUUUAGGAUAUUUAGUACCAUAUGUUUUCAUACAAAACCGAAAUGAGAAUGCAGGUAUAGCAGCAAACGACUGUAGAUUUUUUGUUAGUGCCAUAGCCUUCGCCAAUACUGCAGGUAGGUUGGCUUUAGGCUUUAUUGCGUAUAAAGUGGACCCCUUAAAGUUGUAUUUUUUAUCAUGUACGAUUUCUGGCGUAGCAACGAUAUGUUCAAACUUUUCAUUUGAUUUACAUUAUCAAUACCUUUAUUGUUGUAUUUUUGGAUUUUCAAUUGCUAGUGUGGCUAGUCUUCGGUGUAUGAUUAUUGUAAAUAUAUAUGGCUUGGAUAAACUGACAAAUGGGACCGGAAUAAUUUUGAUGUUUCAAGGAAUAGGUUCUUUGGUCAGCACACCAGUAGCCAGUGUUAUAAAGAAACAUUUUGGAUAUUCAGCAGCGUUCUAUGUCGCAGGUUCAUGUUUGACCUUAAGUGGUUUAUGCUUAUUGCCUUUAAAAAAUAUAGCAAUCGUUGAAAACAGAAAAAUUGAAAAUUUAAAAAGGAAUUUUAUUAAAACAAAUACAUAAAUAUUCAACCUUUCUUAUAGAGUCUAAAUUAUUUUAUAGACGCACAAAGGGCGUAUAAGAUAUAAAUGCAUAAAAAUAAAACGUCCACGGCGUCAUUAUAAAAUUAAAAUUAUGAAAGUGGAUGUUUGAAUGAUCGUUAUCUAAUUACGAUAAAACUAAUUUCGAUGAAAUUUCGCACAAAGAUAGUUUAUAACCUGGAUAAAAUACAUGGAAUAAUUUAAUGAUGGUCAACGACGACCCAGGCUACACCGAUUAUUUCUGCUAUAACAAAUACAUAAGUCAGUUUGUUCGCUGUUAUUUUAUGUACAAACUAUUCAAGAUAUGGACUUGUAGUUUAUAGAUCAGACCAGAGUGAAAAAAGCAAUUCUUUAUCCCAGAAAAAGCAGUGUUUCGUUCUAUUAAUAGCAUGAGCAUGACAAAAACAACAUAACUUUCAGAUUUGUACUUUAAUUUUAAACAUAUUCAUUUGUUCAUUUCAUUAUAUUUUAAUAUUCAUUAUUAGUAGUCGUUAAAUGAUUGUUUUCUACUUUAAGUGGAUUUUGAAAACCACGCCCAGUAAUAUUUGGUACUUCCUCUACAAUUUACGCUGAUGCUGAUGUGGCGCUACCCUAAUAUACUAAAUUUCGACGGAUUCGUAUUAGAAACACAGUUUAUUCUUUUUACUUCUACCCUCCGUAAAAGAAAAGGACAGAUGAAUGCAUAGAAAAGUAGGUUGAAUGAAUGAAGUGAAUGGGAGCGCACUAUAUAUGUACACAAAAAUGGUUUUACAAUAAAUUAUACUUUUGCCAUGGUUUAUGCCAGAGUUUACAUUUGUUCUAAAUUUUUCAGAACCACCUUUAACGACAAUCCCAUAUAGCAAUUCCUUUUUAAGCAAUAAAGUUUAAGCAAAAAAUAAAAAAAAUAUCUACGUUGACGUAUGUUUUUAACAAUCCGUGUAAAAUAGAAUAGAUAAUAUUAUAAAGUAAUAGUCGCGCAUUGCUACAUUUCAAAUGCACAAACAUAAAAUCCACCAUUAGUUCUCUUGUGACAAAAAAGGUGAAUUUACAUUUACUCUAUGAUAGCCACAUUGACGCUUAAAUUUGUGAUGCGCAAAAUCGAUAUUGUUAAAUAAGGUAGGUAGGUAUGUUGUUUUGACUAGUGGCGCGUUUUUAAAAUACUACUGCCAAUGACAAUUUAAAAAAAAUUGAGUUACAGGACCAAUUAUGUAUUGCCAUUUUGUUUAACACCCUACAAUUUGCUUGAAAUUUUAAGCUCUAAACUGUAAACAGUUUUAAUGAAUUAUUAUUUUUAUUUUACUGUAAUCAACAUGAGUAUGUAUUUAUUACUAGAUAUAUACUAUUUUGAAAUAUCAAUUAUAAAUCACUGUGUUAUUA